AGUAGUUGGCGCCAAAAAAAUACUUUACUUUACUUUACAUUAACUGGAAGUCCAUUGUUUGACCAAAUGUUUAGUCAAUGUAUUAGUUAUUAUUUGAAGACAUUUAAAACACACACAAAACAAAAACAACACGUGUUUUACAUAUCAAUAAUAAUACUAAUAAUAAUAACUGACCACUAAUUUUGACGACACAAAUAGCCGAUGUUUUUGUUGAUUGAUUGACCACUUUAUAAUUUGACCACCGAUUUUAACCUCUAUUUAUUGACAUUAGUAUAUAAUGGCCACACAAACACGAGUGACCGACUUUUUUGCCGCCCAAAAGCGCGGCGUAUCGGCCACAGCAGCCAAAAAGUUGACGACAAAUAAGCUAACGGCCACCGAGUUUACUGCCGACAAUGAUUACGCGGCACCGGUAGUAACAAACGAUAAGACACCGAAACGCAAGAAAGAGUCGUCCAUAAAAAGCUCGUCUAAAUCGACGGCCAGUAGUAAACUAUCGGCAGCCAAACGCCAGCGGACACCCAAAUGUGAGGUUGGCAUUGAUUUCAAGACUACCGAUAGCUGCAAGACGCCCGCGACCGCUGGUCGACCAUUGGUUACGAGUGAUGGCGGCAAAGGCGACCUCGCCGAAGAAGCCAAGGAUCUGAAUGUUAACGAAGUAAAGGAAAAGCUACGCAAAUGUACUAAUCUAUUGGAUCUGAAGAGACAAUUGUCGAAAAUCAACGAUUGCGCCGAAAAAGUCAAACAAUUCAAAGAGAUUAAAGUCAAGACACCGACUAAGUCGUUGUCGUCGGGCUUUCGUACACCAAACCGAAGUCCAGUUAGACAUUCGCCGUCGAGUCGAGCAUUUUUGGCGUUCAGUCCGAUAAUACCGCCACUGAAAUCGCCCGUAAGUGUUAUACCAAACUAUGAGUCCAAUUGUUCGUCCACUUAUCGGCGCCGAUUGUUCGACGUUUUUGAAGACCCGAAGCCAUUGUUGUCGUCGUCGUCGAAUAGUUCGCAGAAAGCUCGAGAAAACAACAACAAAAACAACUACAAGUCGGCAACAAACGAAUCGCUACGGGUUUUCGAUCGAUACAGUUAUCUGGUGGACAAACCUGAUGAUAGGCCGGGACUGGUAUUGCCUCAGAAAUAUCGUUUAUUAGCCGAUAUGUUCAAAUCGGUCGACACUAUAGUGUCGAUGCACUACAAACGUCAGGAAAACUGUACGUUUGAAAAGCUUCGGGAAUCAGUCGAACGAAUGACAAGCAAACGGUUCGAUAAGAAACGAUUGGCCCAAAUAGUGACCAUUUUUGCCGAUGCUUUUAAACUUCGCUACCAAUUGUUUAACUCUGGUCUGGAUAAUCGUAAACCCUAUUAUCAGCUGAUGAUUAGUCCCGUCUAUAACUCCAAUGUUGAUAUCCGAUUGAAUUCCGUACAUCUAUUGGAAAGACAUCAGUUAUUUACUGGAAAAUUGUUGGACAUUACCAAAGAUUAUCAUAAAAAUUAUUUGAAUGGUUUGGACAUCAAUGUCGAUGACAAAGAACUGUUUAGAUGGCAUCCGAAGUUUCGUGUGGAUUCGGUACCCGAUAUCGUACCGAAUGUCAAUGCUAUGCCAGUAGAACCUAAAUUUGAAGACAAAUCGGCUCAACUGUUUCUGGAGUCAACUCGACAACGUUUAGGCUUAUCAACGACGACUGCUGAUGCAGAUAAUACUACUACGACUACUACUACCUCUGAUGACAAUCAAAUUGAUGGCAAAACUGCUAUCACUUCAAACAACAAAAAGAUCACAAAAGGUGUUCUCAAAGGUCUUUCAAUGGAUUUAUUGCAAAAGAUCCGUGCCAAAGAAGCAGCCAAUUUGGCCAAAGAGAUGACCCGUAAACCGAAAGUCGAGGCCGAACUAAGUCUAUUGCGUUCGUUACCCGAAUUUAUUCGUAUAAUACACAGCUUUUUCAUUAGUUCGAAGAAGUUGGCCAUACCUUAUGACCAGUUGGUCACGAAAAUAGUCAACAGUUUUACAUCGAGUCUGUCGAUACUCCGGGCCAGAGAACAUGUGGACUAUUUGUGCCAAUUUAUGCCCGACUGGAUCUAUUCGCUGGAAGUAAAAUCGGGCGGUAAUGUCAACAGUAGUUAUAUUAAGAUUAGAAAAGAGGUUAAUAUUGUGACACUUGACCAGAGAGUCGACCAAAAAAUUCAACUUUUAAAGCAAUAAUUGUUUUUGAUUUUUUCCCCCAAUUUUUAAUAUUGAUUUUUAU